UUAUUAUAAAUUAACGGGUGAUUCACAGUUUACAUGUGCCCAAAUUCACUACUAAUUUUUAUAAGGUAUACCUAUAAUAGAUACCGUAAUAUUAUUAUAUAAUAUGUAACUAAGAUUCAAAUAAACAUUUUUUAAUAACAUCGUUGGAAAUUUAGUUAAUCAGAUUAAUAUAAUCCAUGUAACCAAAGCAACAUAAAGUAAUCAUAAUAUUUUUCAAAAUAUAUAAAAAACGAUGUGUUCAAUUAGCAUGUAUUUUAUAUUGAAAUUAAUAAUAAUAUUAUGAAACUUUAUUUUGGUUUAUUUAUAAUGUGUUAUACCAAUAUCUAUGUUUUUUCUGAAAAUGUUGUACAAAAUGUUACAGCUAUUUUAAAACCAUACAUGUUGAAUGGACAUUAUAUUGAUUGGCCAAAUAAAAAAGUGGAAGCCAAUUAUUUACACGAUAAACGCUGUAUACCAAAAAAUAUAAUUUUCACAAGGUUUCAAAUUUGUGGAAAUCAAGUGAUUUUAGUUUCACCACGUUACAAGGAAGGUGUGCCAUUCACGUUGAGUCAAUUAAUGCUCAACGAUAAAGAUCAAUGUUUCAACUAUGUGCGACCGUUUCCUAGUUUAGAGAAGAAUACCGCAGACGAAAAUAAAUCCAUUGUAAAUGCCAUAGACAUAUACAUGGGUCAAAACGGUAUAGUUUGGGUAUUGGAUAUAGGAAUUAUAAAUACUUUAGAAGAAACUCCUAAGAGAGAAUCCGAAGCUAAAAUAUUAGGGAUUGACUAUGGAGAUGGACGAAUAGUACAUAGAAUACCACUAAGACCGUUAAUAUGUCGCACGCGCAGUCGACUACAAUACAUAGUUGUUGAAUAUGAUAAUGUAAACAAUGAUAAACCAAUUAUUUAUAUCGGAGACGGAGGAACUCGUUCAAUUAUUGUGUGGAACGUACAAGUUAACGAAGGCUACCGAGUAAAAUUGCCAUAUUCUUCAACUACAACGUGCACAGAUUUUUCUACAGAAGAUGUGUUUUACCUAGUUUUGAUAGAAAAUUUUAAUUCCAAUUACAUAUAUUUCACCUAUUUGUCGAGCUCAGAUAUGUUUAAAGUACGCACCAAAGACUUACAAAAAAAGAUAAAUCCAAAAUGUAUAAUCGAUGUUGGACGAAAGCCUUGCAAAAUGGUUGUUUUAGGCGCUGCAUAUGGGUCAGUAAUGUACUUCCGAAUAAAAGGAUUGAACCAUUUAUAUAGUUGGGACACAAAAGAAAGUUUUUUAGAAGAAAACAUGAAAAUAGUAAAGAAAAGUGUAGACUGCCGUACAAUAACACAUAUAGAUGUUGACAAUGAUGGUGUUUUGUGGAAAUUAGAGAGUAACUUUGAAGAUUACGUAGUUAACACGGUAGGAUGUUAUGGUGCAAGUAUAAUGCUCUCACCUAUAGUUGGAAAAUCUGUACCUCCACAGCAGAAUAAAAAUUAACUGACCGAUUUAUA